CACUUAGAAGCUGAGGCAACAGCUGAUAAAUGCCCUCCCCGCUGCCUACCUCGCUCUCUUCCCCCCCCCCGUGCCUCCGCGCGCACGCAGGGAACAAUUUGAAGGCAAAUAUCAUGCGAAGGUUUCACAACCCUCUCAUUGGCUCAGAAGUCAGAGACCCCAUCAUAUAAAGCGAGAGUGACUGAUCCAGCAACCCUUUUCCAGCAGGCGAGCGCGGAGGCUCACAGCAGCCAGGAAAAAAGUCAUUUUACGCGCAGGAGAGAGAGACGGGCGCUGCGCUGCGCGUUCUGCGAGGACACUUGAAACAACAACAGAGAAACUGUGAGCUGAAGCAUCUAAACAAGCAUGUGGCUACUGGAGAAGCUCCGCAGCUCCGUAGAGAGCAGUGGGACAAAUUCCCAGACCCCACAGAUGACAGAGGCCAUUCCAGUCUCCGUUUAUGCCAACGUACUCACUCCAGAAAGGAUCCCUGAUUUCUUUAUCCCACCUAAACUUGUGUGCUGCCCGCCAGAUGAGUCUCCCAGCCCAGAACCUCUGCACUGCUCCACUCUCAGGCCAUCCGCGUCAGACCAUGCCAUCUGCAGCAAGAGCCCCAGAGCUAGGAGAAGCAAGAAUCCCACCAGCCCUCGCCUUUUUGCGAAAAACCUUCAAAAGUCAGCUAACCGCCAUAUCAUCCAGAUUGAGAGUGCGGAUGAGCCUGCUGCUGGGUCUGCGGGGAAGGGGGAUGUUGACGUCAACACCAACGCUGACCCCCAGUCGCAGACUGCAAUGUCUUUACCGUAUGUUCCAAAGGCCCAGACUUCCUAUGGCUUUUCUACCCUGGUGGAGUCUCCUCACACCCGACGUAAGGAGAGUUUGUUCCACAGCGACCCCAACAGUCCUAGCACCUCCCCUAACUCCCAAAGGCGUUCCCAAGGUGGGACCCUUCUGGCCCCAGCUGACCCCAAUCCCUACAGGUACUUCAGCGGAGGUGAGAGUGACACCUGCUCCUCAGCGGAAUCUUCCCCCUUCAACUCUCCUCUUCUGUCUCGAUCUGCCUCCCUACUGCGCUCUAUUACCAAGGAGACACAAGCCAAGGUGUCGCGUGCCAAACGCUCCUUGGCUCGCCACAGCUCUCUCUCAACUGAUGAAUGCAGCUCAGCGGACAACAGCCCCAACAUGCAGCGGCGCCGCACGCGCUGCCCCCCCUCUCCUGCUUUCAGGGGAAGUAAAACAAGCAGCACCAGGGGCGCAGCGUCAGAUCUCCUGCAGCGCGAGCACACGAUCUAUCUCCACAAGGGGGGCACACUGAGACUGAGUACUCACUACGAUGCCGAGGCGGCCCGGCUGCGGAUUCGAGUGCUAGCUGCAGAGGCCCUAUACAACACGCAGACGGAUCUCAAAAGCAUCAACUGCUGCGUUGCCCUCUACCUGAACCCUGGUAAGCAGCAGAAACAAAGAAGCACCAUCAUCAAGAACAGCAGGAACCCGGUUUUCAAUGAAGACUUUUUUUUUGACGCACUGCCCCAGGCACAAGUAAAGAGCCUGGCCAUGAAGAUAAAGGUGGUGAACAAAGGAACCAGUCUGAGGAGAGACGUGUUACUUGGGGAAAGGGAGGUGCUCCUCAGUGAGCUGCUUGCAGGCCUUUAGACAUCUCCUGUCAAGACUCGGGAGAAAACAGUCACCUGUCACAGGUGGAGGGCUUUCUCCCCUUCACACUGACAACCUUUUUGUACCACUUCAGAGCUGACAAAUGCCGGACAGGAGAAAGCAUUUGAAAACAGUUUUGUCAUGCUCUUAGCUUAUGUCUUUGAUUUUAAACACAUUCAUUUUUUAUUUACUUUUUUUUUUUUAAGUCCAAUUUUACCAAAAGCAAGCAGCUACAACCUGCAUGCUUGCCAGAAACAGUGCGAUGUGAGCUUUGGAGCUUUGACUUUCAGGUGUUUCUUUUGAAGCAAUGACACAUGAUGCAUAGAUGUGCUACUAUUUAGCUGUGUUGAUAUUUGCAUCAGCUUUACUUUUGUGAUAAAUCUUAAUAACCUUAGAGUGUAUUUUUUGCAUGAAAAAGUCCAAAGUAAAAAUGAAUGUUUACUCACUGUAACUUCUUGCAGAUGUGUUGUAAAAAAAAGAUCUUAAUGUGCUCAGUUUAAAAAAGUAUGAAUAAACAUCACAAGAAGUUA